GCGCGGCGCUUCCCGGAGCCCGGAAUGCCGGGAUGCCGCGGUGCCGGUCCCGCCCCGGGGCCGGCGGAAGAUGGCGGCGGUGCGGCUGUGCCGGUGCCGCUGCCGGGCGCUGCUCUCCCGUGUCCCCGGGGCCCCGCGGGCGCUCCGCGGUCUGGCCGCGGGGCCGAAGAUGCACUUCGGCUUCCAGAGCGUCACGGAGGAGGAGAGGAGGGAGAAGAGUGAGGGCGGCGGCAGCGGGCGGGCUGGGCCCGGAGCCGAGCGGUGAUGGGUCUCCGGGGUGCCGGGUUUACCAGGUUUUUGAAAGUGUGGCCAAGAAAUACGAUGUGAUGAAUGAUUCCAUGACUCUAGGAAUUCAUCGGGUGUGGAAGGAUAUCCUGGUACAUAAAAUGAACCCUUCCCCAGGAACACUUCUUCUUGAUGUUGCUGGAGGAACAGGUGACAUUGCCUUUCGAUUCAUUAAUUAUGUUCACGCUGUACGAGAACGGCAGCUCCAGAGGAAGCUCAAGCACCAUCAGAAUUUGUCAUGGCAGGAAAUUUUUGAGAAUUACCAGGAAGACAAAUCUGACUCUCUAGGGGAUUCCCAGGUGGUGGUCUGUGACAUUAACAGAGAAAUGUUAAAAGUUGGGAAGCAGAAAGCACAGCACCUUGGCUACUCUAAAGGCUUGUCCUGGGUACUUGGGAAUGCUGAAGAGUUGCCCUUUGAUGAUGAUAUGUUUGAUGUUUACACAAUUGCCUUUGGAAUCCGAAAUGUAACUCGUAUUGAUUUGGCUCUUGAAGAGGCCUAUCGUGUGCUGAAACCAGGAGGAAGAUUCCUCUGCCUUGAAUUUAGUCAUGUCAGCAACCCUCUUCUUUCCAGGCUCUAUGAUCUCUACAGUUUCCAGGUUAUCCCUGUUCUGGGUGAGGUCAUUGCUGGUGACUGGAAGUCUUACCAGUAUCUGGUGGAGAGCAUCCGGCGGUUCCCCCCUCAGGAGGAGCUGAAGGCAAUGAUAGAAGACGCAGGUUUUUUCAAAGUGGAUUAUGAGAAUUUAAACUUUGGCAUUGUCGCCAUUCACUCAGGUUUCAAACUGUGAGUCUACUAUGUAGCAAAACACAGGAGGUGUAAUUUUCAUGAAGAAUGUGAAAGCUGUGGAAUUUUAACAGUAUGAGGAUUGAAGAGGAGUGUUAAUAACUUGUGCAGCAGAUACUUGCUCAGCAGCCAGGCCCAGAACACCAGCUACCUUUUUUCCUUCAAGGAACAUGUGGAAGGAGCAACUCCUGUGGCAUUUCUUACACUUGCAUUUCCCUUCAAGUGCAGUGUAAAGGACAUGGCCAAAACUGAGCAGUGCUAACAAGUGAAGCAACAUCAGUUGCCAGUGGGAUUUGGACACAGAAAUAGGCUGACUAAUCUUCCAAUAAGAUGCCUUUUUUACUAAGCUUCAAGGAGGAUAUACCCAUGAGAACUUGGAUUUAUGAAGCAACUAUGGAUUUUUAUGAAGCUGUUAUUAUCUCUGUCAUGUGGAGUUUAAGGAUGUUUUCCCAUGACUCCUUUACUUCUUUCAAAGGCAAAUGAAAGGCUUGUGAAAUAAAAGGGCUCUGCAUCAACUC